AUGAAGUCCACCAUCGCUGCCGUCGGCCUCCUGGCCUCGCUCGCCAGCGCCUCCGCCCAGCAGCCCCAUCACUUCCACUGGCGCCGCGACAACUCUACCGCCUCCGCCGGCUUCACCACCCUCACCGUUCAGGUCACCGAGGUUGCCACCGUGACCUCGUGCGCCCCUACCAUCACCAACUGCCCUGCUCGCAGCGCUACCCUCUCCGCCUCUGACCUCCACACCUACGUCGUCACCAACAUCGUUGUCCUGACCGAGACCAUCUGCCCCGUCGCCGAGGCCGCCAGCAUCUCCAAGUCGCUCAUCGACCAGCACGCCACCGGCGGUCUGCCAGGCUCCACCCUCACAGCUCCCGCCGUUACCCCCACCGCCGCUCCCUCGGUUCCCCUGAACACCGCCGGUGUCACCACGUCUGCCCAGGACGCUGCCGCUACCAGCCCUCCCCCUGCUGGCGGCAAUGGCCAGAGCGACGACGAGGACGAUUGCCCCGCUGAUGAUGGCGAUGUCGUGACCACCGUCACCCAGAUUAUCUCCACCAAGACUCUCACCAUAACCGUCGGUAAGGGCGCUACCGCUUCCGUCGUCACCACCGCUAUCCCCACCACCAUUGAGUCUACCAUCCUCGUCGCCUUGCCUGCCGCUGGUGCCACCACCCCCGCCGGCGCUGCCGACGCUGCCGACGCUGCCAGCACCGGGGAGCCCACCACUACCGUCACCGCUACCUCCACCAACACCCGCACCGUCACGGUCAAGCGCCCCAACCCCACUGGUGCCGGCUCCUCCGGCUCCGGCUCCGGCACUGGCCUCGGCGCCGAAGGCGAGUGCUCUUGCCCCGCUGCUGUGACCGUCACUGUCCCCGCUUCCACCGUCUACGUUACCAUUGGCGGCUCUGCCCCUACCGCCGUCGCCCCUACCGCCGUCGCCGCUGCCGCCGUCGACGCCUCGAGCGCGACCACCAGCACCCCAGCUGCUGCCGCCAUCACCGGCGAAGCCAGCGCUGGAGGCGAGAGCAACGAUGACAGCGACGACGAGGAUGACUGCCCCGCGGACGACGAUGUUGUUACUAUCUCAACCACCGUCAUGGUCGCCCCUUACCCCACCAACGGCACCGCCUCCGCCGGCGCCGCUAAGCCUACUGCCCACAAGCGCUCCGACAAGCUCUUCUAA